GGACUUUCAGUGGAAGGUGGAUCCCCGAGAGGAGUGUCGUUAGAACUGCGGUUUCGGGGUCUUUGGGCUGUUUGUGAAAUGUCUAGUUCCCAGAGAAGCCAGAUCGCAGCCGGUGCUGAUAUGAAUGUGGAUUUGCAUGCGCCGAAUCGCGAUUGUCCGGACCAACUAAAAGUAAACAAAUAUUAAUCGCCCAGCACCAGCGGCAGAAACCGGUCUGCCAGUGAGAUAGAGACACAGGCCUGAGUCAGAGGCUUCGGACUUUUGGGGAUCAGUGCGGAAAACGAGGAUUCAGAAUGCCUGGACUGUGCCUAGGAAUAGUGCUCCUAAUAUGUUCUGGUUACACCAAUUGCUACAAGAUACCCACACCCACGGUGGAGCUUCUGGAGAAUGGAUUCAGCAUUUCUAUUCCAGAUGAAGAAGGCGUCAAGGUGGUGGCUUUCAAUGUGAAUCGCAAUCGGAAUUUCACCUCCUUUAUCAACGAGGGACAAUACAACGUGAGACUGGUGAAACCCGAGAAUAGCAGGUGGACCAGUAACUUCACUUCGGUGCCUUUGAGAGCCCAAGAUAUUCUGUAUCUUUGGACGAGUGUGCAGCACCAGAAGGCCGUGUACCAGGACCUGGCGCAGCCUCUGGCUGUCUGCAAUCUGGGUGGAAGCUAUCGACCCAGAGGCUGUUCUCCCAAUGAAGAUGACUUCGCGGAUGUCAAUCAACUGAGUACUGAAAGAAGUGCCACGGAAUCCGCAGUUCCCUCCGUUUGUGAACCUUCCGAGUCCCAGGUUUCGCCACAAAUAGGCACUCCUCUCUGUAAGGGACAACUUCUGUUCGAGGAGACAUUCGAUCAGCUGAAUGAAUCCCUGUGGAACCACGAUGUGCGUGUGCCCUUGGACUCCAAGGAUGCGGAGUUCGUCUUGUAUGAUGGGAAAGCUAGGGCCCAGUAUGGGCACCUGGUGAUCGAGCCGCUGCUUUGGUCCAGCUAUCGCCCGGAUCUGUCAAUAUCCAAUUCCAGACUCGAUCUCUCGGAGCGUUGCACGGGCACCCACAACCGACUUAAGGAAUGUGUGCUGCACUCAAUGGGCAGUGGACCCAGUGGAAUCAUGCCGCCCAUUGUAACACCUCGCGUUAACACCAAGGACACCUUUGCCUUCCAGUACGGAAGGAUUGAGAUUCGCGCCAAGCUGCCAAAAGGGGAUUGGAUAGUCCCCCUUCUGCUACUGGAACCUCUGUCAGAGUGGUACGGUCAAUCGGGCUACGAGUCCGGGCAGCUGCGAGUGGCACUGGCCAGAGGUAACUCCGUGCUGAGGAUGCCGCGAGGAAAGCUCGUGGAUGGUAGAUCGCUAUAUGGCGGCCCUGUACUCUCCACGGAUGCCCAUCAGCGGGAGGACUUGUGGCUCAGCAAGCGAAAGAUUUCCCACUUCGGCGAUGACUUCCACGUGUACAGCUUGGACUGGAGCAGCAGUAGACUGCUGUUCUCGGUUGAUGGGCAAGUCUAUGGUGAGAUGCUAAAUGGUUUCACGGAGUUGGACGAGAAUCCCAGGUGGAAGCAGGGCGGUCCCAUGGCCCCUUUCGACAGGAUGUUCUACAUGUCUUUGGGUCUGUCUGUUGGCGGCUUUGGCGACUUUGUGGACCAUCUGCGCACCGCCACCUACGAGAAGCCUUGGACCAACUACCAUCCCCAGGCGAAGGUGCAGUUCCACCAGGCCCAAGAUCAAUGGCUUCCCACUUGGAAGCAGCCAUCUCUGAAGAUCGACUACAUACGUGUCUUCGCCAACUGAUUCAUAGCUCUAUGGAUUAUAGUGUAGUAGUAUUAUUUAUAUGAAUGUGCUACGCAGGUUCUUAUCACGAAUAAAGCUUUGCGAGCAAUUCGGAAAAAUCGAUUGAAACUGAAA